GUCAAAAAUAAACGAUAAAAUGUCAAAAUUUGGUUUUAUCGCCAUAAGAGACGUCAAAAUAUUCCUUUUCCAAUUCAACCUUUUUCCGGUCGGUUCUAAGCGUUGUCAGAAUGAGGACAAUCAACUCAAAUCAAUGCGUUAAAAUCCCUAAGGAUAUUAAAGGCUCUGUGAAGGCCCGUGUUGUCACAAUCACUGGUCCAAGAGGCACACUGAAACGCAGCUUCAAGCACUUGGCUUUGGAUAUGUACAUGGUCAAUAGGAGCACGCUGAAGGUUGAAAAGUGGUUUGGUGCGAAGAAAGAGUUGGCCGCCGUACGCACUGUGUGCAGUCACAUUGAAAACAUGAUUAAAGGUGUUACUGUUGGCUUCCAAUACAAAAUGCGUGCCGUAUAUGCUCAUUUCCCCAUCAAUUGUGUCACAUCUGAAAAUAAUUCGGUUAUUGAAAUCCGUAAUUUCUUAGGUGAAAAAUAUAUUCGCCGAGUACAGAUGGCACCUGGUGUAACUGUUGUCAAUUCAACAGCGCAAAAGGACGAACUUAUUGUGGAAGGCAACGACAUUGAAGCCGUUUCUGGAUCAGCUGCUUUAAUUCAGCAAUCGACCACAGUUAAAAACAAAGAUAUCCGUAAGUUCUUGGAUGGUCUAUACGUUUCUGAGAAGACAACAGUUGUGAAAAAGGAUAUUUAAAAUAGUA